AUGAUGCUCUGCUGCUGCUGUCACCACGGCCAGCGGCUGCUGCCCCCCCGAGCGGUGAGGCUGUUGCUGCUGCUGCUGUUACCACUCGCUGCCAUGGGCCAAAGCCGCUGUGACAUAUACCAGGGCUUCGCCAAGUGUCUCAUCCGCUUGGGGGAUGGCAUGGGCCACGGAAGCGAGCUGGAGGCCAUCUGCAGGUCUUGGAAUGACUUCCACAUCUGCGCCUCUCAAGUUCUGUCAGGUUGCCCGAAGGAGGCGGCUGCUGUGUGGGAGUCACUACAGCAAGAAGCUCGUCGGACCCCGCACCCAGAUAACUUGCACACUCUGUGUGGCGGCCCUGUGCGCGUCUGGGAGCGUGGUGCAGGCCCCGAGACCAACCAGGAGACACUGAGGGGGACAGCGCCUGCCCUAACCCCAGCCCCUGCUCCCCUGCUGCUGGCGGCGGCUCUGGCAUUUUUUUGCCUCCUGGGGCCUCUGGCCUAG